UCCUCUCAAUCACGCAUGUUGUGCGCCUCUCAACAUUGUACAUUUAAAAAAUCUGUUCACAACUUCUUCCCCAGCAAUAAAACCACUCUCUUUGAGUGUUCAAAUAUCUAAGUUCCUGUUGCAAUGUGUAUAUAAACCCUAUCCAACCCCAACAUUUCUUCUCAUUCAAUAACCAGCCCAAGCCAAGAUUCAAACAAACAUGGGAAGUUUAGACGGCCUAGAUUGUGUCCCUAAGAGGGCCACCCCAGGGAAGACUACAAUCAUGGCCCUUGGUAAGGCAUUCCCUCACCAGCUAGUGAUGCAGCAGUUUCUUGUAGAUGGCUACUUCAAGAACACUAAGUGCAAUGACCCCGAUCUCAAGCAAAAGCUUACGCGCCUCUGCAAGACUACAACAGUUAAAACAAGGUAUGUAGUAAUGUCAGAAGAGAUUCUGAAGAAAUAUCCAGAACUAGCAGUUGAAGGGCUCCCUACUAUAACGCAGCGGCUCGACAUAUCAAACAAGGCAGUCACACAGAUGGCCGUCGAAGCCUCACAAGCUUGCAUCAAGAGCUGGGGAAGGCCUGUAUCUGACAUAACCCACUUAGUCUACAUAUCUUCAAGUGAAGCCAGGCUGCCAGGAGGCGACCUCUACCUCGCUCGAGGACUGGGGCUCAGCCCUGAGGUUAGCCGUGUCAUGCUCUAUUUCAUGGGCUGCUCGGGAGGCGUUGCAGGGCUUCGUGUCGCCAAGGAUAUUGCUGAAAACAACCCUGGUAGCCGGGUAUUACUAGCGACAUCAGAGACCACCAUCGUCGGAUUCAAGCCUCCCAGUGCCAGCCGCCCAUAUGACCUUGUUGGUGCCGCGCUCUUUGGAGAUGGUGCUGGAGCCAUGAUCCUUGGCACAGAUGCUAUCUUAGGCGUCGAGACGCCAUUCUUCGAGCUGCAUUCAGCAAUCCAGCAAUUCUUACCAGACACUGAGAAGACCAUUGAUGGGAGGCUCACUGAAGAAGGUAUCAACUUCAAGUUGGGGAGGGACCUUCCACAGAUAAUUGAAGAUAAUAUAGAGGGAUUCUGUAACAAGUUGAUGAAGGAAAUUGGGUAUGGUGGGGCUGAUUAUAAUAAGCUGUUUUGGGCCGUCCAUCCAGGUGGGCCGGCGAUCUUGAACAGAUUGGAGAAGAGGCUUGAUCUGUUGCCAGAGAAGCUAAAUGGAAGUAGGAGGGCUCUCAUGGACUAUGGGAAUGCUAGUAGCAAUACCAUAGUGUAUGUGAUGGAGUACAUGAUGGAGGAGAGCUUUAAGAUGAAGGAGAGAGGGGAGAAGGAUUCUGACUGGGGUCUGAUUCUUGCUUUUGGGCCUGGGAUUACCUUUGAGGGGAUUCUUGCAAGGAACCUUCUCUGAGAAUUCCUCCCCUUGGCUUUCAUUGCUACCUAAAAUAUUCACUCAUCCAUGCCGUAGAUGGCAAUAAUACAUCCACAUAAUUGUAUGUUUCUUUGCAAUG